AUGAACGGCUCUGCAACUGCUGCUGCGGGUCAGAACUACAUUGCUCCCAAUCCACCUUCUCAGGGGCCUUCUCCCAGCCCAGCUCCCACUUCCAACGACCCAUUCCUUGCUGCCAACCCGGGCGCCCGUGCUCAAGUCAACGCUUGGGGCUGGCCAUCUGGCUUUAAUCACUCUUCCCCAGCUGCCAACGUCGCUGGUCCAAGUCGACCUCCUUCCUACUCUGCUGCCUCAGCCGCUUCCCCUGCUCUCGUUUCGUCCGCCAUGUUUACACCGCAGACGCAGCAGCUCAAUCAUCAACAUCAGCAACAGCAACAGCAACAGCAACACCAUCAUCAGCAUCCGCAGAUGCAACCCAUGCACCCGCAGCAUCCACAGCUCCAGCAACACCAGCAGCACCAACAGCACCAACAGCUCCAGCAGCAACAUCAUCAGCAGCAGCAGCAUCAGUUUGGCACUCCACAGCAGCAGCAGCAGAACACUCACUUCCAACUUCAGCAGCAGCACCAAGGUGGACAGUCAAAUCAGGCCAAAGCUACCGUCUACCCCCCACAGCCUUACGGUAACCCUCCUGCUUUCACCAACCCGAGCCACACUUCGUCGCCCAACAACGCCUCUGGUAAACCCAACACACCCAACAGUCACUCGGUCAUGAUGUCCAAGAAGCGCACUGCCAGUAAGAGUCCCGAGUUCGAGAGCAAGGACAAGCGCUCGCGGCCUGAAGAUGGUGUCCCAGGUGACAACAAGGGCGCUGACGGCAUUCUGGGCCAUUCUGGAUCUGUUUCUGACGGUCGUGUCUGGGGAGAGGAGGCGACGAAGCUCGACGUCUACGUCUGGGACUAUCUCAGCCGCAGAGGCUUCAGCUCGGCAGCCAAGGCUCUCAUGAACGAAGCCGGUAUGACGGAACCUCCAGAGGUACCGCUCAAAACGCCGCAGGGUCUACUUUUCGAGUACUGGGCCAUCUUCUGGGAUGUCUUUGCUGCUCGCUCAGGGCGAGGGGGAAGUGAAGCUGCUGCCUACUUUGAGUAUCAGGAGUCGCGCAACAUGCAGCGCCUCACCGAGGCCAACCGCAAAACGGAGGCGCUCGAAGCACAGUAUCAGCCUCCCGAGAACGGUGGCAGAUUUCCCAACAUUGUCGUUUCUGGAAUGAACUCGGAUCCCAGCUCUGCAGUUGGUAUUGCAGGUGCUGGUGUCGCUGCUGCCGGCCCGAACGGUCGUGCAGCUGCUCCAGGUGCAUGGAACCCAGCUGCGCUCCCACAGGCGCAGCAGCAGCAGCUGCUCAUCCAAGCUGCCCAGCGUCAGAACAUCCCACUUCACGAGAUAAAGAACCUCACACCAGCUUCGAGGACGGCCCUCAUCAACUCGAUGAAUCCCAACAACCCUGCCAAUGCUCAGGCCGUUCGUCCUGGCAUGAACAACCAGAUGAUGGAACAGCAGCUCCAGGCUCGUCUCCAGCAGCAGCAAGCAGUCCACCGCAUGAUGCAACAGCAGAGACAGGCUGGUGGACAAGGCCCAAUGCCUGGCGCACCACCUAUGGCAAACGCCGUGCAGAUCAGACCACCUAUGGGCCCACAGCAGAUGUCAGGCGCAGGUGGAUCGCCAGCGCCACCCACACCAGGAGGCACCAUGGAUGGCAGACGAUCUGUUGGUCCUGGUGCAGAAGGCAACCGACCGGAUCACAUGGCGGUGCCGCCAGGCGUUCUUGCUGCUGGCAACCCUCAGUCUCAAGCACCGCAACCACCGACACCAGGCGGCUCGCAGCCUCCACAGCAACAGCAACAGCAGCCUCAAGGUGGUCAGCCUGGACAGCCACCACAGCAACAGCACCCACAGCUCAACCCUCACCAACAGCAGAUGGUCAUGAACCAGUUCCAAAGUGUCCAAGCAGCUAUGCGCGAAGAGUGGAUGAAGGCACAGAAUGCACCCAACCAGACCACUGCGGCCGACUUUUACGCCAACGUGCAGGCAUACCAGGCCAAGGCCCAGGGUCUGCAGAGCCUGUUGCGAGCACAGGCCAACUACCAGGGCGGUGCUGGCGUCGGAGCGCCUGGCAAUGGUGCUCAACCAGGCAUGCCUGGACAGCCCGGCCCAUCACCGCAGGCACGACCUCCCGCCAUUGGUGGUGCAGGUCUUCCCGGGCCGGCUGCAUCAGGUAGUCCAGCUAGCAUGGCCAACAUGACACCACAGCAGAGAGCUGCACACAUUGCAAACGCUCAGGCUGCGGCUGGAAGGAUCACGCCACUGAUGGCGACGCACGAUCCAGGUCUCAUGGCUGGUAUGAUGGGUCCUAACAGUAUGCCAAAUGGUACAGGACCCCGUCCCAACCAGCCGGGUCAGCAAGGCGGUCCAGGUCAACAACAACAGCAGCAGCAGCAGCCAUGCCAGCCUGGUCAGGGCGGCUUCCAGCAACCGCAGCAGCCUCAACAGCAACAGCAGCAGCAAGGUCCUGCUCGACCUCCAUCUGCUCAAGAUCGACCGGAAGACCCGCAUACGAGUCACUUUUCGUCGGUCCAGAUGGGUUCUUCGCCUGCUAAUAUCCAGCGUCCUGGUAUGCAGCGUGGCACUUCGCAGAUGGGCACAAACGCAGGUGGAAUGGGCCCACCUGGAGCUGCCUCCAUCUCAUCACCCUCCCCGCGCAUCACUGCUAUGAACCUGCAGCAGCAACAGUCAGGCGGCAACAACAACAACGCCAACCAGGGCGGGUCACCUGCUCCUUCGAACGUUCUGAACACACCCAAGCUGGGAUCAGCAGAGAAAGGCAAGAAGGGCAACGCGCGAGCGCGCAAGAACUCGAAGGCCACCACCAAGACGCCAGUUCUCACUGCAGCCUCCGUACCUGGCUCCAACACCUCUUCGUCCAGCGCUGCAGCUGCGAGCAGCAACGGUGGCGCAGGCCCAACCACUCCUGCUGCAGCCAACACUGCUACACCGGUCAGCACCAGCGCCGCCACGCCAGCUCAAGACGCUAUUAGCAAGAACGACAGCAACGGUCCCGCAUCUGGUUCUGGUCCCCAGUCUACCUCCCAAUCUAUCGACUCUGCUAUGCCACCACCUGCUGGUCCACCUGCCAACUCGUCCGAUCCGAAUAACUUCGGUGGUGCCGAUAACAACAACGGCAACAAUACCAACGCGAACGGGCCCUCGGGGAUGGAUGGCGGCAGCAGCGGCGAUGGCAAUGGAGCUGGAGGAAGCGGUACAGGCGGCGCGGAAGACUUCAGCAUGUUCGGCUUCGGUGGGUCGAUGAAUGAUAUCUUUGAUUUCGAUCUGUCGACGGAUGGUACGGGUGGACAAGGACUGGGUGGAGAUGGAUGGGAUAGUAACUUUGGUAACUUGUUUGGUUCGGGUACUGGUGGUCAGGAUGGAUCCUAA